AUGGCGGACGUAGACUCUUUAAAGACAAUAGUAGAAGGUUCAACUGACCCUCGUCACGAUAUAUCCAGUUGGGUGAGACUGCAAUUUCAACGGGUUACUGGGGACCCCACUUCAAAAGGUACAUCAGUGGAAUAUAUUUUAAAAGUAUAUGAUGAAUUGAUCACAUUUUGCAAAUAUUUGACAGAAAUUGAUGACCUUUCAAAUAGUGAAUCUCACAAGAUUUCACUCGCAAUAUCUCAAUUACUGUGCUCCAUUUUAACUCGAUUACAAACAGAUGAUAACGGGAAAAUAUACGAUGCUGCUGAAGUGAUGGCUAACAUAUUUGCUGAAGAAAAUGUUAUCGACAAUGACGAGAAUGAUAAAUCAAGUAGCAAGAAGAACAAUAGCAAAAAGUCGUCCAUUUAUACGUUCCCAAAGGAAUUGGCCGUGACAACCCUAUCUCAAAUGUUUGAAUUAUUUUCAAAAGACAUCCAUUCUUUAGUCUCAUUUAUAUUACCUUUUAUUUUUAAGAAUAUUAAGAAAACUUUGGAAAAGAGUAAAUAUUUCCAUGCCUUAUACUCUGUCUCGUUAGCAAGGUUAUUACGUUCCAUAUUAAGAAACACAAACGGUAAUUUCUUCGACAAUACAUACUCUGCAAAGUUUACGAAACUAUCAAAAUCAAUUUUUGAAGAAAUGAAUGAUAACCAAAUCGACUAUCCUGUAGAUUUCAUAUCAGCCCUAGUAGAAUGUUGGACGUUUAUCUAUAAACAAGAAAGCUUCAUACAAGAACAUAAAGAUGAGGUUGCUGAUACAUUAUAUUUCAAAUUUUGGAAGUCAGAAAUAGCUGUGUAUGGUAUUUCAAACGACUAUACAAGAAAUAUUACUGCAAAAGCUCUCGCUGAAAUUAUAUUUGAUUAUCAAUUCACAAAAAAGAUUUUAACCCUCGAGGAUGCAUUAAGUUUAUAUGUCAAAAUAUUCAGACAUUGUCACUCGAGAGAUGUUAGAGCUGGGUGUUUUGAAUCACUUUCUCAAUUUAUUAUCCUCAGUUCCCUCGCGGAUACCUCAUUUCUUCACGAUUGUAAAUACCUAUAUAUUGUACAACAACUGAGCUCAAUUGUUUCAGAAAAAAAUAUUACUAACAAGAAACCAGAUACAAUAGGAAGAUGGUUAAAUAUGCUAAAAUCACUGCAUAAACUUAUUCUACCGUACAUCUCUGAAUCAUCAAAAAAUCAAAUACUUCUAACUUUAUUAGGUUUACGUUCCGAAGAUUCUUUUGCCAAAAAUGAAGUUGAUAUGAUGAACCUUUCAGAAACUCAAGAAAGCGAGAUAUCAAAUCAAUGGUUUACACUCCUUCAACAGGAUCUUAUCGAACUGUUGUUACUAAGCCUCUCAUCAUCUUCUAUGAGUGAUAAUAAAAUGUGCAGCGAAGUCAAACAGAGAUUAAUAUCGUUAGCUACAUCUGAUAUAUACAACGUACGUCUAUAUUCUGCUCCAGUAUUGAAAGUAUUUUUAACCAACUUUCCCGAUUUGCUGGAUUCUGUCAUCUUAAACUCUCUAAAAACACUUUUGAAUGCUUUUGAAAACAAAGGAAAAACCAACUUACCAUUUGCUCAGCUGCAUGGCCACGCUUUGGUCAUAGCAAAUUUAAUAGAUAUUGCUGAUAAGGAUUAUGUAUCGUAUGAGUUGAUUAUGAGGGUAACUGUUUUUGCGACAUCCUUCAUUAAAAACCACACAACAUCUACUAAUGGGGAUCUAUACUUUAAAGGGUUGGUUUGCUGGAUUCUUCUAACGGGUCUAAUGAAUUAUGUUGAUGAUCAGUAUUUAUCUACGCAAACUGCCCAGCUAUUACUGUUCUGGAAAGUGUUAUUGACUCACUCAUUUACAUAUAGAAAUGAGGAAGAAUUAUUUCGUAAUUUGAAAACGAGAACACAUGCACUUACAUGUCUACUCACAUUUUUGAAUAACGUGAAAUUAAAUAAAGAGUUAUCAACACAGGUAUCAUAUUUAUUAACAAAAUGUUCUAAUUUCAAUCAUUCGGUAGAACUAAAAUCAGGAAGAAUAGAUGAUGCGUUACUAGAAAAUGAAAAUAGAAUACUUCAAAUAUAUCUGCGGAUGGAGAAGUAUAUCAGAUACGAUUUCAACAGUUCCUUACUAAUUCUGAUUAUGAAAAACUUUUCUGACCCAAAUUUGUAUAUCGAACCCUCCAACUCUCUUAUUCAGACAGUCAAGAAGAUUAAAAGAUCAACUAAGAAUGAUAAUUCAAGAAAAGAAAAAGUUUUGGAGCAUAGUGUAGACAGUAUCUUGCGUUUGGAGGAUAAUUUUGCUUACGGUAUAUCAAGUAAAAUAACGAAUGAUAAUAUUCUUUGUCUAAAUUCUCCAACAAGUGAUGAGACAGUAACAGAGAUACCAGGACUGUGGAGCAAUACAACAAAGUAUUGGUAUGAUAUAUUUGAUAAGGAUGUGACCUGCCCAAUAUCGAGACUCUUGUCGAACGAUUCUUUGGUACUUUUAUUUGGAAAUAAAUCCUACGCUAAAAGCACUUUAUUUAUGCCUAAAGUUACUACAUCUUUAAUUGAUUUUUCAAUGGAGCUUUUCUCAUCGGUGUUUCCAUAUUUGAAUAGCAAGAUACAAUACUCAUUAAUUGAAAACCUGAAUCUGUCAUUAUUUUCCAAGGCCACUACACCGAUGAGGAGUGUAGCAAUAUCUGCGAAUACUUGUACUGCCUUAUAUGCAUCACUUCGGAUUAUUGAAGCAAACGAUAUUACUUUGGACAAAACUGUUGGAAAUUUGAUGGUAGAAUCUAUAAGGAAAAUUGAAUUUCUUAAUGAUAAUUAUUUAACAUGUCUUAAGUCUAACUGUAUCGGAUUGAUCACUGCCGCUGUUAGAAGAGGAAUAGACGCAGAAGAAUCCUCUGAUUUUAUUGAUGAACAAUGCAACAUUUUAGUUAAGUCACUGAGCGAUAACGAAGAACCAUUUUCCAGACUUUUAAACAUUCUUUCUUUGGCUUCUAUUUACCAAUCUAAUUCCAAACUAACCAGAUUUGAUAACAUAUACGAAAUACUAUUCACUAUGAUUAAAGAUCCGCAUCCUGUCAUUCAUUCAUGGUCAUUAAGAGCGUUGAAUAUAUUAAUUAGGCGACAUUCUUCAAUGAGCCCCGAACACGUUUCCAAUUUACUAGUAGGGCUACAAGAGUACUUACUCAAUCCAACUUAUGGAUAUUCUGGAAAUUCUACAUUACGAUAUAAUUAUAAUAUCCAAUAUAACUCCCAUUAUAUGAUUGCCAGCAUUGUUGAUACAGUGAUUGAAAACAUUGGCCCAAGUUUACGCACUGUAGACAGAACAGCAUUGUGUCGUUUCCGAAACAUUUGUUUCUAUUUUAUAUGUAUUGGUGACCUACCGCAACAACUAAAAGGUAUCCAGAUAUUCUUGAAUAUAUCAAUUUUCAAAAUGGAAGACAUCCUCCACGAAAAGACGUUCAUAACAGUUGCAGAAAAUAUUAUUACGAGUUCAAUUUUUCUAGGUAUUGGAUCAUCAUAUUUUGAUACAACGUUCACGGAACGGCGUGAACUUAUUUCAAAGUCAAGUAGUAUCAACGCGGCCUUCCAAUGUUUUAAUCUUUUUGAACAACUGUCCAAGCUUCAGAAAGGAUAUUUAUUCUAUGAGCACUUGGAAAUCACAAGUUGGAGGUACCUGGCGCUAUAUCCUGAAUGCAGUACCAUUAGUGACUAUUUUAGGGAAUGGUUGAAACAGGUUCCUAAUACCAUCAAAUGGUUAGAGAAAUUACAACAAAUAUAUGACAUGUCCAAUGAUAAAUUAUUCAGAACCGUGUAUAGUACCAAUAAAAAGAUCCUUCUGGAAAGAGGUGCAAUAGAUAUCGAAGAAAAGGAGAUUACAGACGAAUUAGAGGAGAAGAUCAACGAUACAAAUGUGCCAAAUAUACUAUCUGACAAAUCAGAACUUUCUGAUGCGCUUAAAUGGAAGACAAAAGAGAUAAUUCUUGGAUUAAUAGCAAAGCUAUGCUCAGAUACACAAAAUAAUCCCGAUCAAAGUUUAUCUCAUCAAAUUUCAGCAUUAAUAAAACUAUCAUUCAACGCCACAUCAAUGAGAUUAGAAUCAAUAAACAAGCUAGGCCUGUCGAUUCUUCACCUUAUUUUGAAGAUGUUUUGUAAAAUGGCGGACAACGAAUAUCCUCAGAAAUCUAUCCUGGAACAAUACGAAGCUCAAAUUUCAAGUGCGUUAAUCCCUGUUUUUCAUAAAGGAAGUUCUCCUGAUGUUAUUGCAAUGGCCAUUAAUGUAGGUGCAGAAAUAGUCUACUCCGAGAUUGUACCUUCUACCGAACAGAACAGAAUAUCUCAACUACUAAUUAAACUACUGGACAAUUUGAACUCAAAAACAAGCGAUAUUAGUAUUGGUAACAUGCACAUUUCUACUAAAACUGCGAAGAGGAAAAUUGAAUUGGCGACGUUGAACGGCUGGGCAAAGUUAACCCAACAAGCUAUUGAGACAAAUAAUAAAGAACUUAUGAAAUUUACGGAGGGAUAUUGGCCAAUACUGACACCACUGUGGAUCGUUUCACUUCGUGAGUAUAUGAUAUUAAAUUACGAAUGUACGUCUACGCUUUCUUCCACAGUUGAAGGAGGUGAUAAUGCACAGAAAGAAUCGGAUUCAACGAAAUUGAUGCAGUAUGAACCUGUAUGGCAAAAUAUGACUAAGGCUUUAAGUUCUUUAUUGUACAUAAAUAAAGACAUUCUAUUACAAAAUAUGGAUGAAGAUGAGCUCGAUAGUUUUAUGUUCGCACUAGUCUCGAAGUGUUUAGACGAAAUAUUACGUAAUAUCGACAAUGAAAAGUUAAAGAUGGGACUUCUGCGAACUGUGCAUGAUAUAUUCAAAUGUAAUAUCCUGUUGAAAAGCUUGUUGUCUGAUGAUAUAUUUUCAGAAGUGGUAGGAAUAUUUAAUAGAUUAAUAUCUACCGGCUCAAGCAAAGAGAAACUAAUAGUCAUUGACAUUAUUAAUGAUCUUAUUAGAGGAUACAGAAUUGCAAACGCAUCAGGAGACUCAUUUCUAGCCGAUAUUGAUAAACUAUACGAACUAUUGAAAUUACUCAUGUUUAUUAUAUCAGACACACUACCUUUUAUCAGAGUUUCUGAUAUGCAAAAUACCAUCGAAAAGGAUGUAAAAUUAACACAAUCACAACAAGACACACUACGAAAGGUAACUAUGAUUCUGGAAGAAAAUAUAAUUCACUUUGAUGAAAUCUUCAAAGUAGAUUUGUAUGCUUGUCAACUCUUUAUUAUCGGUAGAAUAUAUCUGUCAAAAUCUGUGAAUGAUAUCUUACCAAUUUUUCUGUCAUUACUAAAAAGUAUUACAUCUGAUUUAGUUAAGAAUGCUGAGCAUGAAAACCUUCUAGAUAUAUUUUAUGAAUCAACAUAUGAAAAUUACUCCAAACUGAAUAGCACCAAUAGGAUUACCACAUUUUUACUGUUAGUGACGAAUGGAUUUAAUAACUUCAAAGAUGACGAUUUUACUUAUAAUACCGGACAAUUAUAUAACCUAUUAGACCAAGAUGAAAUAUGCCAAGUUAUAAUACAAGGACUUAAGAGAAUAGCCCAAUUUAGUGAUAAAUAUGAUGGUUGCCGUUGUACAAUAAAAUUGUUUAUUAAGAAGGUAUUUGAAAAGAAUAAUUUACCCAAGAGUACAAUACGCCCUAUAAUCGGUUUAUUAAUUACAUUUACAAAGACUACAGGUGCUAAAGAUAUCUCAAAAUUCGAACCGUGCUUUUUGUUAUGUUUAUUAUUUAUUUGCAAAUAUUACGAAGAGAUGAGAGGUGAGGACACCUUCGUAUCGAAUAUAAUCGAUGAGCUACUAAUAAUAAAUCCUGAAAUAUUUAAAAAAUCCCUGGAGAUUGUUUUACAAUCUGAACAAAAACAAAUCAUGGAAAAGAUAAUUGCCGAGGCGGAACUAACCAAAUCUUCAAACGGGGCUGUUGAUAGUAUCCCAUUAAAAACUUUUAAAUAG